CAGAGCAGCGCAGCAUCCACCAACACAGCAUCCAGGAUGGCGACUGCGCUCAUGGAGGGAGCAAGCAAAGCAAGUGUUGAGGAGAACGUAUAAGCGCUCCAAGGAGGGGAGAGUGAGCUGUAAAGAAAAACACAGCUGGGAGAUGAGCGGGACCGAGGCGUCGUUGCUGUCUGUCUGAGAACCACUGCAGCAGCUUUAAAUCUGAGGCUGUCAGACCAACCCUCAGCAGAGCGACAAGAGGGGAAGAAGCUAUUUCAAGAACGAAUCUCAUCACGCUGAACCAGAAAUGGAAUUCACAAGAGCUAAUCAAAGUUCAACCCGAAGAAAAGUGGAUGAAAAGUGUGGACUUUCCUCUUCGAAGAAAUAAACAGACAAGCAAGUUUUGAAGUCUCCUAGUGGAUUAGUGAGUGCUGCACUGCGUCCGAGGCGUGCAACCUUUGCUGUCAUCUUCCCAGGUCCUCCCUCGCAGCUGUCUCCUCCCGGUGAAUGUCCUUUCUACGCUCCGUUCCACUGCUCAGCAGUUCACCACACUCAUGGUCGAUGCCAAGGGAAGGAACAUGAAAUGUCUGACUUUCUUCUUAAUGCUGCCUGAGUCAGUGAAAAGCAAGUCAAGCAAAAGCUCCAAGAAGGGGAAUGCCAGCGGCAGCCCCAAACUGCCCCCAGUCUGCUAUGAGAUUAUCACUUUGAGGAACAAGAAGAAGAAGAUGGCAGCAGACAUGUUUCCCACUAAAACGCCAGCACCUGCCACCACUACCACUGUGCAACAGUACCAGCAGCAGAAUCUCAACAACAAUAACACCAUACAUAAUUGUAACUGGCAAGGACUCUAUUCUACCAUCAGAGAAAGAAACUCUGUAAUGUACAACAAUGAACUAAUGGCAGAUGUCCACUUUGUGGUGGGUCAGCCUGGAAAGACCCAGCGGUUGCCGGGACACAGGUAUGUCUUGGCGGUGGGCAGCUCAGUGUUUCAUGCCAUGUUUUAUGGUGACCUGGCUAAGAAUGAUGAUGAGAUUCAUAUUCCGGAUGUGGAACCAGCUGCAUUUCUGGCAAUGUUGAAGUACAUCUACUGUGACGAGAUUGACCUAAGUGCUGACACAGUCUUAGCCACUCUCUACUCUGCCAAAAAGUACAUUGUCCCUCACCUGGCACGUGCCUGCGUGAACUUCCUGGAGACCAGCCUGAGCGCCAAGAACGCCUGUGUGCUGCUCUCUCAGAGCUGCCUGUUCGAAGAGCCCGAGCUGACUCAGCGCUGCUGGGAAGUGAUCGACGCCCAGGCCGAGCUGGCUCUACGCUCCGAGGGUUUCUGCGACAUCGACUACCGGACCCUUAAGAGCAUCCUAAAGCGAGAGACACUCAACGCUAAAGAGAUUGUUGUCUUUGAGGCUGCGCUCAGCUGGGCUGAAGCUGAAUGUCAGAGACAGGAGGUCACUUUGUCCACUGACCACAAGCGGAAGGUUUUGGGCAGAGCCAUGUACCUGAUACGCAUCCCCACCAUGGCUCUGGAUGACUUUGCCAAUGGAGCGGCCCAGUCGGGCGUGCUGACACUUAAUGAGACGAACGACAUCUUUCUUUGGUACACAGCUGCCAAGAAGCCUGAACUUCAAUUUGUCAGCCAGCCGAGAAAGGGUCUGGCGCCCCAGCGCUGCCACCGCUUCCAGUCCUGUGCCUACCGAAGCAAUCAGUGGCGUUAUCGGGGCCGCUGCGACAGCAUCCAGUUUGCUGUGGACAAACGGGUUUUCAUCGCCGGUUUCGGACUUUACGGCUCCAGCUGUGGGUCAACAGAGUAUAGCGCCAAGAUCGAGCUCAAACGCCAGGGAGUGGUGAUGGGACAAAACCUGAGCAAAUACUUGUCGGACGGCUCCAGCAACACUUUCCCUGUGUGGUUUGAGUACCCGGUGCAGAUCGAGCCUGAUACCUUCUACACGGCCAGCGUGGUUCUUGAUGGGAAUGAACUGAGCUACUUUGGACAGGAAGGCAUGACAGAGGUGCAGUGUGGGAAGGUGACAUUUCAAUUCCAGUGCUCAUCAGACAGCACUAAUGGCACAGGGGUGCAAGGAGGUCAGAUUCCCGAGAUAAUCUUCUAUGCCUAAAUUUGCACUUGAGAAAAUGUAAGAAAAAAAAAAAGAUCACUUUGUGUAACGUGGCCUGGUAUUUAUUUUUCCCACUACUCUUGUGUACUGUUUGACUUCUGAAAAAGAUCUUCAGCGUAUUACGUGUGAUUUUAGGUGAAUGGUUUCCUUGAUAAGGACCUGAUGUAUUCCGAUAACGAUGUGUAGAAAUAUAUAGAUGAAAUACAAAGAAAUUUAUCUUGCGCUUAAUGUGCAUGUACAUAUGAACAUAUGUAAAUGGUUAAACGUAUAUGAGGGCAUACUUAUGACUAAGACUGUCCUCGGAAAACCCUUUUAUGAUGAAUCGAUACACUUCUUAUUUCUACUAUGUUUGCAUAGAAUGCACAUGUAUGUAUAUAUAGCAGCAAUACAUCACAUUCUUCUGUAUUCUCUAAUGAAUAUUUCAUGCGAUUAGUGGUCUGGAUUGUCCGCAUUACAAUGGAAGGGAAUAUGAAGACUUACACUUAUAGUCAAAGCACUGUGUUUAACACUCAUCGAGCAUUUGUAUUUGAGUGGUUGUGCUGCUUUUUGGUACUUUGGAUCUACUAAUGCUGAGAGUUCUUAGAUUAGAGAGCACUUUGAGACACUACUUUCUCUCCGUAGCAUGUUGCUCUGAACUUACAAUCACCCUUCUCACGAAAACUUCAUCAGUGUUGUUAUGCGCACGGUGAGCAUCCAUAAAUGAUCAUUAAAAAGUGAUGUUAUCCCCUUUCAUGCCUUGAGGGUUCUCUUAUUUUUUCUUCUCUGAUUUAAUUGCAGUCUAAUGUGGACAGCUAAUUGUUGUUGCACCUUAGGUUUGUUUUCACAGGGGCAAGAUGAAUGGUGGACAUGUGUGCGUGUGUGUGGUGAAGCAGACUGUCUUCUAGAACUGCUGUUGUUGAAAAGAUGCAGACUUCAAGUGUGUGCACAGUGUGUUGCAAACUUGCACUGAUGUUUUGUAAUCAAAAGGUGUGUUUUUCAGUUGUUCUUCAAGAUGUGUAAUUUGUUUUGCUUGAAAUUGAAGAAAAUCCACAGUUUGGUCUGAGGAUGACAAAGGAUGUUCAAGUCCUGUGUUUACAGUCUGGGUGACUACUGAAUGUGGAUGAUUUUUGAAGCAAAUAAAGAACAACAAAAGGUA